AUGUCAGAGCUAUCUAGAUGUAUACGGCGUCGAGAUGACUGGUGGAAUCUAUUUAAACGUCCGGAAGCUCGCGCUCGGUGGGCUGCCGAAGCCCUCGGCGAGCCUAUGGCUGUACAAGCACCAGACCACAACCUCAAAGUCUGGCUGACUCCUAAUCAGGUUGAAUAUGUUCUAGAGGAGUUGCAGGGCUAUGCAAGCCUUCGCGACGUCGAGAAUAAUUGUCAGGUUUCCUGCUUUGAGCGCAUUUGGGAGUCUCAAGCAAUACUUGACAACUCAACGCGCGCAAGCCUCAAUUGUCAACUCUCUCGCUUUCUGAACACCCUUCCAGACAAACUGGCACGUCGCGAGGGAGACGAACUAACGCGUCGCAUUAUAGACCCAUACCUGUACCCUCUCGUUUAUGGUCGGACGCUUGCUUACGACUCAGCCAUGGAAGAGUUUCUUCGUCCUGAGCUAGUAUCCGACGUUACAGACGCGACCGGCACAGAUUUUCUCUCCCAAAAAUUUGCAUGUUUGCCUUGCGACUUUAUCAUAUCUCAGGACGGCACAGCAAAGGCUCUCUCGUACAUAAACAACCUCCACCCUUGCUACUCUGCACUCUAUUGCCACUUCGAGGAGUUGCUCUCGAAAUGUGUUCCCAUGUUCGAGCACGUCCUCACGGACUUGCAUGUAGACAACCCGACCAGAGUGCGAAUACAGGGACCUUCGUCGGCAGAGUGGGAAGAACCGGAGCCUCCAGAUUUCUCGCACGACUCCGUGGAUUGGUCUGCGUUUGAGAGUAAGAAGCGGCAGUGGAUCAUGCGCCGGUCGAUUGUGCCUGACGUCCCGAUCACUGGUUACCCAGGUGGGCUUGAAGAACGCGGAAGUAUUGUGCAACUCAGGGGGAAGACUCUCCAAGUCAUACAUGACGUUUAUGAUAUCUGCAUUAAACCAGGCGGCCCUGCAUUUCAGGGCUCUCAAUGGCGCGUGGAGGGCAUGAAGAACGAACGUAUCGUCGCCUGUGUGCUUUAUAAUUCAUCAAGUGAGAAUAUUACUCACAACUCGAUUGAAUUUCGCAUGGCUGUCAAAACACCGCCCGCGUUUCCCAAGAAAGGAUACCAGGACGUAACAAUGAAGACUUGGGGUUUACAGGCAAGAAAACCUUGUCAUCAGUAUAUUGGCGCUGUCCCAAUUCGCGAAGGACUAUGCAUCGCGUUUCCUAAUAUUUAUCAAUAUCAUAUCACACCAUUCUCAUUGGCCGAUCCGUCAAAGGAAGGCCACCAGCGCAUCAUCGGGCUGUACUUGGUUGAUCCAAGUAUUGUGCCGCUGGCAUCCACGCAGAGAGUCCCACCCCAACAAAAGACGUGGACAAGAUUAGGUCUCGAGAAGGGGACUCGUGGAAUCUUUGCAGUGGAGCUCGUUGAUAAAGUGCUUGAUGAAGUGGACGGACUCAUGGAUAUGGAUGAAGCGGUGAAAUAUAGGGAAAGAAUGGUGAAGGAACGAACCAGGUUGUCAGUGUUGAAUGAUGUACAGCGCUUCAAUAUCCCAUGCAACAGCUGA